UUUGGGGAGGGGGCGGGGAGGGUGGGAAAAGAAGAGAGAUUUCCUCGGUGUGCGUGGAGAGAGAGAGAGGGAGAGAGCGAUCGAUCACCAUUUAAUGGAUCCGCGGGUGGCUUGGAUUCAGCCGGAGCAGAAGGGACCCGCCAAUGCCUUGUGGAUGCAAAUCUGGGAAACCUCUCAAGGAAUCCGGAGCAGUUCAGGUCACCAUCAUCUGCUGCAUCUGAACUCGCCAGCACUGGACAGCAAACCCAAUGGUGGCGGCGGCGGCAACCUUAACCUCACCAGCAGCAACUCCGGCCCCGCUGCCCCCUCCAGCAGCCCGGCCUGCGGCGCCGGGGACGCGCAUCGGACUCUAGGCCCUCCCGCAGCCGCCGCCGCCGCAGCAGCCGCAGCCGGCCCCGACAUGGGCACCGGGCCCGGCUCGGCCCCGGGCAGCGGGGACGUUCGCAGGGGGUCGCAGAAAUCGUCUUCGGCCUCGUCGUCCUCCUCGUCGUCGCCUUCCCCUGAUUCCGGUACCGGCGGCUCCUCUUCGUCGUCGUCGUCCUCCUCCUCUUCCUCCUCCUCCUCCUCCUCCUCCUCGGGCAGGACUAAAGCCGGCUCCGGCUCGUACUUCAGUCACAAUUUCACCGAGAUGAACGGCGGUGGCGGCGGCGGGAGCAACUUUGUGAAGAGCAACAACUACCACAAUAGCAAUCUGAAGAGCCUGGUGCUCGGAGGGAGGAGGAAGAGGGAGAACAAGGCGAGCACUUACGGCAUAAACUACAUGCUGAGCUCCAGCAAUGGAAACUACUACAGUGGGACCCCCUGGAAAACCAUGAAGUACAACACCGGGGUGGCUGGUCUCCAUGAAGAAAUCAUGGACUUCUACAAUUUUGUGUCACCGCGCCCUGAAGAGGAAACCAUGCGUAAAGAAGUAGUGAAACGGAUAGAAUCUAUUAUCAAGGAACUUUGGCCAGCUGCCGAUGUUCAGAUUUUUGGGAGUUUCAGUACAGGACUAUACCUCCCGACUAGUGAUAUAGACUUGGUAGUUUUUGGGAAAUGGAAGAACCCACCUUUGCAGUUAUUAGAGCAAGCACUACGAAGACGGAAUAUUGCUGAGCCACAUUCUAUUAAAGUACUUGACAAAGCUACAGUACCAAUUAUAAAACUGACUGACCAGGAGACAGAAGUCAAAGUAGACAUCAGUUUCAAUGUUGAAACUGGUGUGAAGGCAGCUCAAUUUAUCAAAGACUUUGUUAAGAAUUACCCAGUAUUGCCUUAUUUAAUACUGGUCUUAAAACAAUUUCUUCUUCAGAGGGAUUUAAAUGAAGUCUUUACUGGAGGAAUUAGUUCUUACAGCCUCAUUUUGAUGGCUAUUAGUUUCCUACAGUUGCAUCCGAGGAUCGAUGCUAGAAGGCCUAGUGUAAACCUUGGAGUUCUACUGGUAGAAUUUUUUGAACUAUAUGGGAGACAUUUUAAUUACUUGAAAACUGGUAUUAGGAUAAGAAGUGGAGGUUCUUAUGUUGCCAAAGAUGAAAUCAUGAAGAACAUGACCAAUGGAUAUAGACCCUCUAUGUUAUGCAUUGAAGAUCCUCUGGUUCCAGGAAACGAUGUGGGGAGAAGUUCGUAUGGAGCCAUGCAAGUCAAACAAGUCUUUGACUAUGCAUACAUUGUUCUUAGCCAUGCUGUUUCACCACUGGCAAGAUCUUAUCCAAACAGAGAUUCUGAGAGCACUCUUGGACGUAUAAUCAAAGUGACUCAAGAAGUCAUAGAUUAUAGAGAGUGGAUCAGGAAGAAAUGGGGUGCAGGAAAGAUUCUUGGAUCACCUGAUUGUGAUAAUGGUGUUAAGAUUGAACCAGUGGAUAAGGCUACUGGUAACAUCAUCAGAGAACAGCAGCAAAGCAGAGAUUCUGAAUCUCACUAUAACCAAGCAUCACCAAUGUCUCUGUCCAGUCCACAGCAGCUCUCCUCUGCCUCAUCAUCUUCAGCUUCAUCACUGUCUGGAAGUGAUAUAGAUUCUGACUCUACUCCAUGCACAACUUCAAACCUUCACCACUUUGGUGUCCCAGCAUUAGCUCCUUUGAUGGCAACUUUAGCACCUACACUACCUAUCCCAAGUGGGAAACCACAGACAAACAUAACAAGUGCAUUGAUAGUGACUUCAAAUACUCAGGCUAGGAUUGGUGUCUCACCAGCCAGUAUUGGUGUUUCUACACACCCUGCACUUCCUUCCAGGCAGGUUUGUAUUGAAGGAGCACCACUGAAUCCUGUCACUGCUGUAUACCCUAUUCCCCCUACUGCAUCCCCUAGCCUUCUGCCAAGUCUGUAUAUACAUCACAAGCAGCACAGUGGCCCCAAAUAUUCGGUGAAGGGACUCCAUAAUCAAGGCUCCAAUCACAAUACAGUGGGUGGCAUGAAGCAGCCAGUCAUUCACAGGGGGCAUAACCAAUAUAAUCGCAACACAAAAAGAAGAAAACAGACACGGGACCCAAUAACUGUUAGUUUAAGUCGAUAAGGUGUGUGAAACCAUUAAAUAUCAUCCUCAGUCUUCACAUAAAAAAGGAAUGAUCUUGGCAUCAGACUGGAAAUAAAGACCAGCAUUUAACUGCAGUUAGUGGGUAUAGGUAAUAUCUACAACUGGCUGUUUGCAUGUGUCCGAUAUGCAGUUGGACUCCAUUUUGCAGAACAUAUCAUCUUGUGCUAAGUAUUUGUGAAGCCUUAUUGAAUAUGGAGGUUUUGCUUCCCAUAGUUUUCAAAUCACUGCUGGAACGGCUCUGGUGAUAGACCCGCAAGAGCUUGAGCUUUCACCACAACAUUCUGCAGAUGAUGGGCACUUCCUGCAAUUCUUCACAAGCAGAGGCAAAUUUAGGGAUACUUUAAUCCAAGAUUCGUUCUUGUGGCUGACCUAGAUGGACAUUUUCAUGGCAAUUAUUUUUGCCGCUUCUUACUCAUUGUUUCAUACAUAUAUCAGAACUUUUUACUCUGUACAUAUUGUAUUAUUUGUGCAAUAACUGUUUUUCAAAAGUUUUUAUUUAAUUUUCAUAUGAUGUUAUUAUCACAUGUUUAAGUUAUAUUUAAGUGAAAGAGGGAAACAUUUUGAAGUUUACAAAUCCUUUCCCAGGUUGCAUUAUCUAAGUUUAUAGAGGAUUCUUAGUUUGGCAGGUUUGAUAUUUAAGCUGAGUGUGCUAACACCAUAAGGGAUUUUGUUGAGUAGUUCUGGCUCCUUGAUUCACUGCAUAAUACUCAAUACUAACCAGAAGUUUUAAGGGAAUUUAGCGCAACUGGAACCAUCUUUUCUUCUGCUUGUUCAUUAUUUGUGUUUUAGGCUGCGUUUUCUCAGGGUCUGUUUAUAUAGUCACCUUGAAUCUUUAACUUCUGAUUUGAAUAAGAGCCAGGAACGCAAGCCUUGCAACACUGAAGAGGCAUACUCAAACAAAACAAAAUGUGUGUGAACUGGGAGAACUUUGUUCCGUGUUUAAGUUCACGCUAGUCAUAACAAUGUAACCUGUUGAUGUUGGGGUCCAGAUGGCAUUUAUGAAUGAUGUUCCCAGCUAACAGAAUGUGGUGGAAGGAAUUAUGUUGAUUCUAUUAAGGAAUCUGUAUACCAGUAUGCGUAUGUUCUAUUAGGAGCAAAAAAGAAAAAGUACUUCAUCUGCUGUAUGCAUUUGUAGGGAGUGUUUUGAUGCAGUAUUGCAGUCGACAGCAAAGAGUUUAACCAUCUAUGUUGCUGGCACUUAAUGGAAAUUACUGAUGCAUACAGUUAGACUAUGCAAGAUUUUUUCAUGACAACCACUGUUUUUUGUUACCUUUUUGGAAGAGAGAAAAAUUACAGCCUGCCUAAGCCCUACGUUUUAACGAAUGUACCACAGUUGUCCUAGGAGAUUUGUCAUGCCUUCUGUAUUGCCUGAAUUAGGUUGAAAUUUAAACGUGACAAUAUCUCGAGAAUGGGUGCUAACCCAACUAAACACUAAAGUGGAUGAUGUCCACUCAUGGAGGUGGUUUUGUUUUGAGAUAAUGUUGCCAUGACAUUCAGGAAUUUGUAGGAAAACACUUGGAAAAUUUUCAAGUUGUUUAGACGUUUUCAGCAACACAAUACAAGAAUAUUUCAUCUGUAAAAUGUUACUGCUUUAUCAACGUGUAAUAUUGAGAGCUCACUGCUAAAGUUUUCUGUUGCAUGCUAUUGACUUGUUUAGCUAGUGUGCUUUAUAUUCGAGAGCAUUCCAGUAAAGUCCACACUUUGUCUUUGUACAUACUGUAAUUUCAUGAAAAUAAUGGGGAACUGCAAAAUUAUUUCGCAAUGGGUCAAAUUUGUAGGACUUUACAGAAGUAACCUUUAAAUUUAACAAAAUUGCCCCUGUGAAAAUGGAAAUUAUCAUCCAGUGGAAACUCCAUAACGCUCUAAAGUAGGUCUUAUACUUUCCAAUAUAACUAACACAAAAAUAAACUCGAGCAGCUAUGAAAUCUGUGCUGAUAUCAGUGUCUGUAUUAAAAUAACAGCAAAUGCUGUACAUCUGAAACAAACAGAAAUUACUGGAGAAACUUAGCAGGUCUAGCAGCAUUUGUGAAGAGAAAAUUGUUAACAUUUCGAAUCCAGUGAUCUGACCCUUCUUCAGAGAGUUGUUUUAUCUCUGCAGUUGCUGCCAGACAUGCAGAGCUUCUGCAGCAAUUUCUGUUUUUGUUUAUUUGCAUUAUAAAUCCAUUGCAACACUCGUGAUUAGUUUAGUUUAUUUUAUUUAUUCCGUCAUCAAAUAUUCUGAACAAGAUAUUUCUGUUCAUUCGAACUCUAGAAACUUGGCUAUAAUGUAAGGCUGCAUGGCUUAACAUUCCAGCCCUGAGAGGAUUUUUAGGGCAAAAGUUUGGAUAUUGUGUUCUCUGCUUUAGGCAUAAUUAUUCAUUCCAUGCAUUGGAACACUUCUACAAUCAGUAUCCCAUUUACCCCUGCUGCUACCUUGAAAUUGAGCAUUUAGUUGAAGCAGAGAAUUCUGAUUUCAGCAUUGGAGCUUCACUGUACCAGUGACUAACUUGAGUUCUCAUUUGCCUUCAGAAUUGUGGAUUAUUGUCCCUAUUCUCCAGUAAUACCAGUUAGCUCUGUAACUGACAUAACUGGACAGAAAAUGAAUAUGUCUCUGCACAAGUUUCUACACUAAAAUAAAGCAACCACAAAAUUAGGAUGAUUUAUCUUGCACAAAAAUAUACUUCAUUCUUAUAUAAAGAAAAAACUGUAUCUUGGACACUACUUUUCCACAAAAUGCACGAAGUUCAAAUGAUUAUACCGUUGAACUUUAAGGGCAUAAACCAUGGAAGUGAGAUAUGGAGAUUUUUUUAGCUUUUCACGAACAUCAGUGGAAAAAAUAUUCACUAUGCUACGUUGAUUAGUGACAUUUUGAAGUGCAUACAAAAUGGACCAGUUGCUACCUUAUGUUGAAUUUGGGCUCCCCAUUGGCAUUGCUACUCUUGUUUAUUCACACAAUCUUCUGAAUUUUGCAAAGAAUCAUUUUAACACACUAAGUCAUAAAUUCUGAUUUUAUUUUUGGACAGGCUUUUGUAAUUAAAAUCUACCAAUUUCAGAUGAGGUGGGGAAGAAUUAUUUUUAUGAAAUUACUGUACAAGGUAACAGUUAAGUCAUACUGGCAAUCCCAGCAAACACUACAGCUCAAACCAAAGCUUUAAAUGAUAAAGGUAAAUUUGUGCUGAAAGGUUUUCUAUUGGUGCAUAACAUCUAGUUAUUUAAGCUUCAGCAAAGGUAGAAACACAUUACUUUGUAGCAAUUUGGUUUAUGCAAUUAAUAUCUGAAAGUGCUGUGUAUUUUGUGGUGCUGGAUAACCAUCUGUAUCAUGUUCAAGUUCUGUCAUGGUGAACAAUGAUUUGGCCUGACUACCACUGUGGGGUUGUACGUUUUAUACGUACAAAAGGAAUCGUGUUUAGGACUCUACUGGGGCAAGUAAAAAUUGAACAUUUUUUAUGUAUAGUUUUCUAUUCUUUGAUUAUUUUUAAUAAACUUACUGAAACAAUUGUAUUUGAUUAUACAUAUAUAAAUGUG